GGCUGCUGAGUGGAACCUUUCGUCCUAUCGCUUCUUAUAACAGGGGGAUUGAAGCCGUAGACAGUUAAUCAAAAUGCCUGAGGAAAUGGCGGACGGUGGGAGGAAGCUUGUAACACUCGACGACCUCAUCGAUGCCCUGGAUAAGCGCGAGAGGGCGCCGAGCAAUGUUGCGAACGUUGAUACUUUUCACUUCAAGGGAGAACGGGUGUCCGACUGUCUGGAUCUAACGGAGCAAGCACUGGUGGGGCUGUCGGACGAGGUCAAGCUCCAGCGAGUCCUAAGAUAUGUCCUUCAUAGCCACCAUCAGGAAGUGGGCAAGGUCGUGGAUGCCGCGAAUGGUAGUUGGGCGAGGUUCAGGGACAUGAUGCAGAGAAAGUACAGGUUGGGGGAUGGCUUGCUAACAAUGGCGGAUUUGGAGGCCAUGAACAAGGAUGACUUCUCCACGAUCGGGGCGCUUGUGCACGAGUUUAAAAGGAAGGCGUGGAAGUUGCACGGGAUCUCCGAAGAAACGCAGUGUGCCAUAUUCUUGGGUCUGCUUACUGGCUCGGAGGCCUCGGAGCUAACGGGUCACGAAGGGGGAAGUGAGAAACUCACCAGGGCCACUAUUGACAAAGGGGUGGAAGAGGGGAGCCUGAACCAGGUGGAACAACACCAGGUGCGGCUGCAAAGGCGCAAGAGAAAGGAAAGGGACGCCACCGCGUCCGGGACCCCAGGGGUGAAGAGGAUUGUCACAGACGUAUUCGCAGCGUUGGGGUAUGAUAAUGAGGCGGAAGUGCAAUCGAGGGGAGUGACCGUGGCCCAAGGCCAGGCAUCGGGGGCAGUGGAAGAGGAGGCUAGGCGCGAGGACUAUGGCGGAGAAGAGACCGGCUCCCAGAUCCUAACCAAGGCCCAGAGGAAGCUACGGAAUUUACAAGUGGGGGGUCAAGGAUCCGGAAAAGGGCAGGUCCCGCAAGCGAUUGCUGCGCCGCCACCUGCUGCUACGACAACAUCAGCGACGGUCGGGCCGUCAUGUAUGGGGCCGCCGUCGGCUUGUGGGCACUGGGUGCCGCAUUGUCAGCCUGCAUCCUGUCCCAGUUGUAAUCACUCCACCUCGUGCGGGGACAGUCAAACUCACCCCGGGCAAAUGGUCCCUUAUGCAGGCCCAGCGGCAAGUAUGGGGCCCCCGAGCUAUCCUGCGGCCCAAGGUCAGUUUGUGGCCCAACCACCUCCCUCCCAACAGGCCUCGCAGGCUAGCGUGGUCGGUGGAGGAAACCAAGGACAAGGCGGACAAGGCAAUGGAGGCCGAGGUCAAGGGGGUCGAGGAGGUGGCGGCCGAGGCCGGGGAGGAAAUGGUGGGGGUCGUGGGGGUGGUUGGAAUGGUCAAAGGGGCCAAAACCAAGGUGGUCGGGGCAGCCAGGAAGGGGGCCAAGGGUAUGGGAGGCCCCGCUUUGAUUGGCGAAAUGCCACUUCUUGGCAUUGUGGCGAUGUGGGCCACACUGUGCGGUUCUGCGAGCGGCGGUGGGAGGAUGAAUUGUCAGGGUUAAUCUCCUCCUGUAUGGACGGGGAUAUAUAUGACAAGUGGCGUGAGCAUAUCGACCCCAGGACCCCGGGAGGAAUCAGGCAGGAGGCUCUCCGACAAGCAGCAGCGGGACCCACAGCACCCCCGACAAUGUUUAGGAUGUGGCAGGAGAAGGAAGAGCUGACCGUAAGAGUCGAGGAGAUUGUAGGGGAUAGUGAGGAGGUCACUCUGCGACUAAAGGCGGGGACUAUAAGGGAGGAGCCAAUAGUCGUCGAAUCGGAUCACGAGGGGCAGGAAGGCGAAGGAGAGCCGGCCAUAGUCCUCCUGGGGAGGAUGGAAUAUCUGCUGGAAAAGGUGGGAAGCCAAGAGCCCAGUCAGGCACCCCCUCGAAAGGAGCUUGAGCCAGGACGUAGGAAAGAGGUGGCGGAGGUCCCGGAGGUAGAGGAAGAGGAUGACGACGAAGAGGAUGAGAGGCUUCGACAAGAGGAGGAUCAGCGGGCGGAGCUGAGGGCCAAAAAGAAAGGAGCCCGGGAGGAGGCCGAGCCGAGCCUACCCGACAGCGUACCAAAGAGGAAGAAGUACGCGGUCCGAAUGGAGGAAGGUUUUGAUGUGGAGUGGAUGGUGGACAAGCUCAUUGAAUGCCACAAUGACUUGAUGAACCUGAAGGAUAUCCUGGCGUCGGCGCCAAGGCUCCGUGGGGAGUUGAAAGGGCGACUCUCGCGAAGAUUGGUGCCAAAUGUCCAUCUGAGUAUGGUCCUGCCCAGGGAGGUGGAGUGGACUGAGGCAGGGACAAGGAUGGAUUGGAAAUGUGUGUCGUGCGGGCAGGUGGAUCUGGUGAUAAAGAACCAGAAGUGCACUAGGAUGGUGGACACGGGCGCAAAAAUGAAUAUCAUCACGGAGAAGGAGGCGGUAAUGAUAGGCAUGGAAAUCGACCGCUCGGACCAUGGCAUACUGCAUGGCGCUAACUGCAAGGCCGCUUUUUGCAGCACGGUGUCUAAUGUGAUUAUAGAGAUAGGGAAGGUGCGAGCCAGGACUUUGGUGGAGGAAGUGAGGGCAAUAGAGGAAGGCCCCACUCAAGUAGAGGAGCAUGAGCAGCUAAUGGGAGGAAUGUACCUGCUCACGAAUACGCUCAUGCAAGGAGACUUCGACCGGAAGGGCUCGUUCAGUCAUGAGGAAGAUGAGAUUUUAGUUCAUGAAAGUCAGGAUGACGAAUUCGAGGAAGGAGAUAUCAAGGAGGCGUUUCGGGCGGAGAAGUACGAUGGGAUCUACCGGGAACUGGGGUUGCUCCUAUCAUGUGAGAUGAGGGAUAGAGAUGCAAGUGCCAAAGCACAGAAGAUGAGGCACCUCUAUGUGGUAAGAGACGACCACUUGUUUAUAAUGCGGCAGGUCGGGAACCCCAAGAGGAUCGUAUGUGGGAGGAACCGGCAAAUUGAUAUCAUAGCAGCCCUACACGAUGGUAUAGCAGGGGGGCACAGAGGAGUAGGUGUCACAUGCGCAAAGAUAAGCGAGCUCUACCAUUGGGAUGGGAUGCUGACGAUGGUUAUCAAAUACUGCCAGUCUGACUUUCCGAAGACAGCCAUGCAGAGGGGCGGGAGGGGCGCGCGGCCACGACAAAGGCCUCAGGGAGCAUCAGGAGGCGAUAAUAACAUAGAGCUCUUUCUAGACUCCUACCAGGCACAUGCGGCACGGGAGGGUUGGUCUACCUUGGAGAGGAUACGACACCUGAGGGGAGUUGGGCGUUUUGAGGAGUUUUUUGCGCACAUCCGGGAGGAGGCUUUGACCUAUCAGGAUGUGGAGGCGGGGAUGCAGAUGUUGAGGGCUUCGCCACUGGGACUGGAUGGGCUGCCUAUUCGAUUGGAAGAAGGCAAUGUGGAAGAGUUCAUCCCGGCCUAUGAGCAGUAUAUGCGCGACCAGGGGACUGGGCAAGAGGAGUGGAUGCAGACGCUGCCCCUCUGGACGCGGAGGGCGGAGAGGCCGUUGGCGAGGCAGAUCCGGGACAGGGCACGCGACUGGGAGGACUGCCAGGCCCAGUUGAGGCAGGCAUUUCGACGACUGGAGCCCGAGAGACCAGAGCCCAGGGUGGAGAGACGACAGAGGAGUAAGAGGCCACGGGGCCCAGAGGCGAGAGGGGCCACUACGACUAGAGGGGGCAGAAAGGCCUUGGCGCAGCGAGAUGGGCCAGCAGAGGCCGCCCAGGCGGUGGAGCCAGUUCAGGCCGCGGGGCCAGCUCAGACGGCAGAGCUACCCCCUACCUAUGGACUUGAGCGGGUGGAGUUUCGCCGAGUCACGGACAGUGAUCUACGGGGCCCGUCGCUGACAUUACCAGAGGGAGGAGAGGCGGUGCCAUUGAGGACGCCGCUCGAUAGGUUGGAGGCUCAUCUCGAUGCAUCCCAGUGGGGGGCGUCACAGCUGGGAGCGGACCAGAGCGGACCGGCACGAUAUGAGCCAGUAGAGGAUGAGCCAGAGGAGGAGCCACCUGAGCCGGGGCCCGAGGCAGGGACUCGUGGGACCGGGGGGCCGCAGACCGAGGGGGUUAUCACUAUUGGGGAUGAUACCCCUCCCCCUACCCCGAUUCCUAAGCAGGCGCGGCAGUAUUGGCCUGAAGGAAUUCCUGAGCCGGACAGUGAGGAGAUGUUGGGGCCUCCAUCGGAAGCUACUACGCCACCUCCGACAUGGGCGAGACCAGAGGAGGGCGAGAGGGCGAGGACACCUACUACUGUGGCGCCGCAACUAACUGAGCCUACAGGUGCACGCAUGGAUGUGGAGGUGCCGACCUCGGGGAGCCUCCGCCAAGGCCGCCACCCACAGAGGAGGGGACAAGUGAGAGAGACCCACUGCGAAAGCCCCAAAAGGCGCGGGCGGGCAAGGAGGCCAUCAGGGGAGACGAAAGAAGAGAAGCGCGAGAGGGUGCAGGUUUGGGCCAGCUACGAGGGUGAGAGGGAGGCUGCUCGCCUGAGGUCACGAGAGGCAGGACAGGAGAAUGCGAGGGUGGGCGAGGCAGGAGAGACAGAGGACUUGGGAUUUUCCGACGCCAGGAUGGAGAUUGAGCGUACAAACAGGAGGAUAGGUGAGGUGGCGAUCUCGUCCUUCCAGCGGUACUCCAUGCUCAGCGAUGAGUUGGCGGCCUCGAGGUCAGAAGUGGGACAAUUGUCCACCCAGUUGGCGGAAGAGAGGGCAGAGAACCAAGCGUGGAGGUCCCGCAUGGAAGCCAAGGAGGCGGAGUGGGAGAAGAGGCUCCAGGAUAUGGCAGCAAUGGUAGAGAGGCUCUCGGCCACUAAGGUGGUCGACUGGACGGAGCAGAGCCGGUAUGCUAUCCAAGGGAAGGAGGUACAGGGGCUCUUUGGCCAGGAAGGAACGACAAAGACGCCACAGCAAGAGGGAAUGGGAAAGGUAUUCCCGGACCCAACAGAGGCGGCGACAAGGCGGGAGGCCGAGGAGAGGAGGUUCAGCUUCAGGACUCCCACGGAGUUGGCCUCGCAACAGGCCACCGCUAUGACGAUUGAGGUUCCUGGGGACGAGCCGGCGCAGAGACCCCAACCUCCGGUGGCGGAGGGGGGCCCUACAGAGGAGUCCCCUACGAUCCUUUUGGAGGUGCAGGAGGGUGCCCUUACGGGAGCAGCAGCAUCCAUUGAGCCGGAGGUAAUGGGGGGAGAGGCGUCUCGACUGGACGAGUUGGUGGCAGCUAUGGAGCUGGACAUGCCGUCAGGAGAGCCUCAGAGGUAGGAGACCCCGGAGCGCGUGCCAGAGAUAGGGGAGAUGAGGACGCAGUUAGGCUCU